AUGACAUCCCAAGCAUGGCAAAUCCUUCCCCUACCAUCUGUAUCCUGGCGCUCACCCGAAGCAUUAACUCAUCUCCAACUCAACACCUCCGUCCCAACACCCACCGCCAAAGAUCUAGGCGAAAAUCAAGUCCUUAUCAGAAUCAAAGCUGCAAGUAUAAAUGCUAGAGACGUGAUGGUCAUUGCUCACGACCCAAUCUAUCCCCUAACCAACAUCCCGACGCUCUCUCCCUGCGCCGAUGGCUCCGGCGAAAUAAUAGCCUCCCAUCCCACCUCAACCUACAAACCGGGCGACCGCAUCAUCAUGCACCCUCUCCCCGGCUACACUACCUCAACCCCCCCUCCUUCCCUCGAAGAAAUGCGUGGCCGAGGCGCUGGUUCCGUGCAAGGAACGCUCCGACAAUACGCUAUUGUCGACGAAUCUGAGCUCUUCAGUGUACCAGCACAUCUAAGCUACGAACAAGCAGCCGCGAUACCAGCCGCUGGCGCAACAGCUCUCAACGCCCUGCUCUUUGGGCCUAUGGAGAUGAAGCCCGGGAUGACAAUCCUAACAAUAGGCACGGGCGGUGUCAGCUGUGCGGCAAUCCAACUCGCCUCCUCCCUCAGCCUAACCGUAAUCGCAACCUCCUCCUCCCCCACCAAACUCACCCUCGCCAAAUCCCUCGGCGCAAUACACACCCUCCUCUACACCUCCCCCACCUGGGUCGCGGACCUCCUCGCCCUCACCGCCGGCAAAGGCGUAGACCACGUCCUCGACGUCGCGGGCGACCUGGCUACUAGCUUGAAAUGUGUGAAACAGGGCGGGUUGGUGUCUCUUAUUGGGUUUUUGGAUCAAUCGGAGCGUGGCCCUAAGAGUGAUUUGGUCCCGGAUAUUUUGUAUGGGGGGAAGAUUGUGAGGGGAGUGUUUGGGUUUAAUACCGAGCAUGUGGCGCGGUUGCUGGAGAUUACGAGUGAGUAUAAGUUAGAGCCACUAAUGGAGGUUUUUGAGUGGGAGGAUGCGAGGGAGGCGUUUGAGAGGAGUAUGGGGCGGAGUGUUGUGGGAAAGAUUGUUAUUCGGGUUUGA